AUGAAAAUUUGGAUCGCGCGUAAAUCGCGUAUCUUGGUUGCUGGUCUCCUUCUUCUACCUAUUCACAAGCAUAACACAAUGGCUUCCAGUGCAAGCUCGAGCGACAAGAACGAACUCUGUGGACCCGUGACCGAACAGCAUGCCUACCUCGAGCGCCGAGAUGCAACCUUUGACGAUCUACCGGAUCGUGCAGCGACACUCGUUGUCAAAGACAAGGCAUUCCAUCGACAAUUUGCCAGUAUAUACUUUAUCCGAUUGCUGAAGCUGCGUCCAGUUAUCCAAAAUGAGGCCGAGCAACGGUGGGGCAAGCUUACAGACAAGCCAAGUUAUGUACCCAAGGUGCUCGAUGUCACUCACAAACGCUGCUACAUUAUUGGCACCGUCUAUGUGGAUAUGAAUCUCAAACCCAAUGUCUUGAACGAUCUUGCCAAGGACCAUGCACUCAUUGCCCCUGCUAUGCCAGCAAAAUAUCGAUCCGAUGACAACCGCAUAUCUAUUGAAGACGAAUCAGGUCGUAUUGUAUUGACAGGUGCAGCAUUGGAAAAGGAAUUCUGGGUCACAGGCAUGAUUGUGGGAUUGUUGGGCAAGGAAACUCCUGAAGGCCUCUUUGACGUUCAUGAAAUCUGUUAUCCUGGUAUCCCAGAACAGCUUCCACUUCCAAAGCGAGAAAGCAACAAGUACAUUGCCUUGGUUUCUGGGCUGGAUCUCGGCUCCAAGGGCUCCUUUGAUAUCAAGACACAAUUGUUGACUGAAUACCUAUCAGGAGAAUUGGGUGGUCCAGAUGAUCAAAAACAAUGCUCCAACAUAUCGCGAUUGAUCAUUGCAGGCAAUUCCAUUGGCGAUCUUGAGCUUGCGGAGGACCAAGGAACUACAAAAAAAUACGGCCAAGAGUUUAUUCAAUAUGAUUACGAGCCAUUACAUCAUUUGGAUGAGCUUUUCGAAGAACUUUGUGGCACCAUGCCCAUUGAUAUCAUGCCAGGGGAACGGGACCCUGCAAAUCGGCAACUACCACAGCAAGCUAUGCAGCGAUCAUUAUUCCCAAGAUCUCAUGCAAUGAAGAAUCUCCGUAUGGUCACAAAUCCAUAUUGGUGCAAGGUGGAUGACGUUGUCGUGCUUGGAACUUCUGGACAAAACAUCGACGAUGCUUUCAAGUAUGUGGAUGCGGAUACUCCGUUAACGUUGGCAGAGCGUUGUAUGUUUUGGAGGCACAUUGCACCAUCAGCUCCUGAUACAUUAUGGUGUUAUCCCUUCCAAGAUCAAGACCCCUUUAUUGUUGAACAGAGCCCUCAUGUAUACUUCGUUGGUAACCAAUCCAAAUUCGAGCAUAGCUUGGUUGAAGGUGCUGAUGGACAAAAGAUUCGCGUGAUCAUGGUGCCUUCAUUUGCCAAAACUGGAUCGAUCGUCCUGUUGAAUCUCUCCAACCUCGAUUGCACAGAAAUACAAAUCAUCGAUAGCGAUAGAACAACACUGCAAAAUGAAAAUAUGGAUACAUCUGAGUAA